AUGGGGCUGGGAGUCACCCCGGUUGUGAAGCACUACAAAGUGAACCGUGUGGGACAGCAAUAUGUCAUCGACGUCGAGCAGCCGCACCGCUGCCCCUCCCUGGCCGACGUGGUGGAGUACUUCGUCUCCAACACCAAGAAGACCCUGGUGCCUUUGAGCCUGGAUGAGGACUACGCGGAGAAGUUAGAGUAUGUGGAGACCGAUAAGGAGAACGGAGAGAGCGUCUGGGAAGCAUCCAUGCCCCCCUGCCCAAAGCCCCCCAGAGUGGAUGCAAUGCUUCCGCCCAACUUCAGAAAAAACCAUCAGGCGAAGCCCCCUGUCCCUACCCCGGUGUUUGAGAAGGAGGAGGAGGAUGAAGAACAGGCCUACAUGAAUGACGAAGAUGUGGCAGCCAUCACGGGAACAAAGCCGAAGCCAGCCAGCCAGGGCGCCGUGAAGGUGAUCUGGGGAGGGGGCGGCCAGACCAAGGCGCUGCCUAUACCAACCGGCGAGCCAGGCAAGCCAGCCACUAAAGGCCAGUUUACCAGAAGCCCCAGCAGCACCCUCAACCUACGGAAACAUGGUAGCAGCUCCUCCCGCCAGGCCAAGUCGUGGGGCGGAGACAUCUCCGAGGAGCUGGCGCGGAAGCUACAGGAGCGAAGAGCCAACCUUGAGAACUGACCUGCUGCCCUGCGCAGAUGGCCUGGCGGGCGAGGAGGCUUCUGCUGGGGACACAGGGUUCCAAUCCUCUCGGGGAACCAAACCAUGGCCCCCAACCUCUCCCGGCUCUUGUGCAGCGUUGAUCACGUACCCAGGGCCCGCCCCUGCUUUUCUGGCCCUUUCCCAGCACCGUGAGACAGGAGUUUGUAGGGCUCCCACCCCCCCCCCCCCCCCGGCCGCCCC